AACACUUUUAAAUAAUUGCUUUUGCCACAAACUGUAUUAAACAUCGAUAUAAAGCUGGCAUACACUCAUAAACCAUAGAAAAGGCAUUGAUUUAAAUGUCAUUAUUGGGCAUCUUUAUGUACUAUUGAGGAUCUGUUACUUUUAUCGGCACUUUAAGUGAUCCAACCGCACUCCUUGCCAUGGUCUUGACGGCAAAAGGAAUGGUCAGAUGGCAAUUCACUGUUUUCUAAACCACUCCUUUUCCGGUUUUUCAGCUAUUAAACUCGUUGAUCUUGAGUAACCGCUCCAUCAGUACUUUUGCUCAUGCGUCAUUCCGUAAAGCAUGACAAUGGCGCCCAUGACCCUAGCAACGGUCGUCGAGAAGCAGUAGAAGCCAACGUAUUUGACAGUCCAACGAUCAAGCAAACCGGCGACGCAGACCAGGAUGUUCAUCCUUGUACGUGGGCUCAGCAAUGGGUUCCUGAAACCAAUAUGCCAGAUGAUCCGUCAACAGUUCUGCAACUGACAAAGCAUGAUGCGGUCAAAGCAUUACCGGAUAAUCAUCCCACGCCAUUCGGGUGUACAAAUAUUGCUACAGGUCCUUUAGUCAAUUCAGUCCAAAGUAGCAAUACUCCUCAAAAUGCAUUUCAGGGAGAGAAGGAGGUGUUAAAAAAUCAGAAUAUGAAUCAUGAAUAUGAUCUACAGGAAAGUAGUUCAGACCAGUCUAGCCCGCUUCACGGUCCAUCGGUCGUACAAUCCUCCUCCUCUUCCUUCCAAGAACAAGACUAUGUUAGCGCGGUUACCUCUAAAGCAUCCUCACCCGACGGCGAUCUUUCCACCAACGGCUAUGAUAGCGAUGUUCAGACUGCUACUCUCGUAGCUGAACUCAAAAAAGAGUUGGAAGUUGCCAAAACCAAAUGCAAGGAAGCGGAAGACAAAUACGCCAUGCAUAAAGCAGCAUGCCGUAAAGAUAUGAACGAUUAUCAUGCGCUCAAGGACGAUUACGUCGCGGAAGUGGCAGCAAGAUCUCACACACAUGGACUAAUGGAUAAGCUGAAGAGAGAAUUCACAGUAUUGAAAGAACAAGUAGCGGCGGCGUCCAGAAAAUCCACCGUCGAUGUCGGAACAAAUACGGAAGAAGAUGAAGACGCGUACAACCUUGGCCGUAUCUGUGAUGAACUUCGGCGUCAAAGAGAUCAUCUUGUGGAAGAGAUUGAAGACUUGGCGAAAAAUUAUCAAACCAUCCUCGAUCAGCAAGAACCGCCCAAUGUACAUUGGAAGCACCUGCAAGCAUCCUAUGAAACACAGAUGUUCUCUUUGAAGAGCGAGGUUACCGAACUGAAGAAGACGUUUGACCAGCUUACAAAAGAUAGAGACGAAGCUAUCAGUGAAAUGAUCAUGUUGAAUGAUAAAAACGCGGAAUUAACGGAGAUCAUCAACGAUUUAUCACGACGCGUAAGCGAGCGUGAACGGGAGGCGCUGGCGCUUAUGGCUGGGACCAACUUUGUUACCAACGACGAAAAUUUGAGACCGAACCAUGAUCAUUCCACUCAAAGACAUCGGGCCGGAUCCGUCGAUAUGUCGGGCCCUUCAAAUACGCCGACUACUGGACACCGAAGGUCGGUAGAUUUUGGCAUCGAUACACCGGCGGCGGCGCGAGAACCAUGGGCGGCUCACGAAGCGCCUCAUAAGCUGUUCAGCUUUCGAAAAGGGAGCAUGUUCAGUAAGCUGGGUAGUAGUAUGACCGGUAAACACGUGAAGAAACGGGACGACGAUAAGUUGCAGGUACCUUUAUCACCUAAUACCAACAAAAUUGCCGCAUCAACCUCGGAACCGCUGAAAAGUAGCAAACCAACAACCAAAGAUUCAUCAUCGAUAGCCCACAGCUUUCUACAUAACAAGUAUACCAAACCCGCCAAAUGUGAUCAUUGUGGAGAAAAAAUGAGGAAAAACACCGAGUUACAAUGUGAAUAUUGUGGCACAGUAUGCCAUACAAAGUGCGUUCCGGAGUUGCAGCAAAUAUGUCUUUCAAAUUCAUCAUCAGAAUCAUCAGCAAAACCAUUGCUUCCUCCAAAAGUUCCGAUUUUUGGAAAUGAGCUACGCAAGCAGGUCCAAAGUGAGAAUGGUAACGUGCCUUUGCUAGUUCGGGAAUGCGUGGCCACUGUGGAAGCGCGCGGAAUGGAUCACGAAGGCAUUUAUCGAAAGUCUGGUGGAGCAGGACAAAUCCGGUUGUUACAACAGAGAUUCGAGCAAGGCAUGGUGCCUGACUUGGCGGACGACGAACAGUGGAACGAUAUAUGUGCUGUGACAAGCCUGUUGAAGCAGUAUUUUAGAGAACUCCCCGAUCCUUUGUUCACCUAUGAAUUACAUCCCAAGUUGAUGGAUGCCAUGGAUAUCGGUAAAGCUCGGGAGCGAUAUGACCGUAUUCAUGAAUUGCUGCAGCAGCUGCCACCUGAACAUUACAUUACGGUUCGCUUCUUAAUACAACAUUUAGACAGGGUGCGGCAACGAAGCAAGGAAAAUCUAAUGACGACAAAAAAUCUUGCCCUUGUAUUUGGGCCCACAUUGAUGAGGAAUUCAAAAGAGAAACAAGAUCUCCUGGAAAUGAAUCGAAAAAUCAAGGCGGUGGAGUAUAUAUUAGACCACGCAAGAAGUUUAUUUACAGAGUCUCCCCAUGUAUCAAUACAAACACAUGCACAGCCUGCCCGUCGCAGCGAUCAGAGCGAUGACAUUAGCACCGACGGCUCCAAUACUUUACCGCCAAGAGAAAGCAGUCUGUCUAGAAGCUCAUAACUAGUACAAUACAAGCUAUAUAAAUAAU